AGUUCUAAUAUGGUCGAGGAAGUGAAUGUAAAUCUUAGACCGAACCAUGUGCUGUUGGACCCGAACUUCGACGGAUACAAAAUAAAUUUGGAACGUUUGGCUCCAAUAUCGAAAGACAUCACUUGUCCUGUUUACCACGCAGAUCUCAGUCAAGUAACUUCUUAUAACGAAUCAAAGCAACUGAUGUUAUUUAAUUGCCUAUUCGAAGAUCGAUUUAGUUUUGAAAAAGUUUACUAUAUUGACCAAAAACUGAAGGUACACGAGUUCUAUUUAGUUUUUGGAGAGUUUCAUGAUAAUAUUGUUGCUGAAGUUUUUGUGUCCAUUACAAGUACGGUAGCUUAUUACCCAGCUAUUUCGUUUUCUUCUAAGAAUCUGGCAGUUAUCUAUAAUGGUCAAUCUGUCAUAACCUUUUUCGAUACUGGUGACAGAAGUUCAUCUGAAACAAACGAAGUACAAAAGUGGAAAUUAAUUGGAACUUAUGAUUGCGAAACUUCAUUGUCUCUGUUUUAUUCAAUCGGUAAUGCGGUUCCUGGAAAUGAAGAAAGGUUCGAUUUUACUGUCGUUACCGCCGAAAGUAUAUCCAUGAACGAGGAGGAAGGUUUUGGCGACCAGUCUCCUAAAGUUGAACUAAUAGUAAGAAAGUUAAUCAUCGAUAUGGCUAAUCAAAAUGCUGCGAAACAAAUGGGUAAAGUACAAUUUAAUGGAAAAGAAUACCCAGAAACAGCAUUCCUGAACAAAGAUGGCACGCUGCUUCAAAUAGUUGGUGUCCGAGAAUUCAAACCUAAUAAUGAUAUCAGCAAUGCAAAGAAUGCUGUCAGAAAAGACCUGAAAAUUAUUUGUUCGCAGAAUGAGAAGUUUCUAAAAGUUGACAUUUUGGAUAUCACGACUGAAGAAAAUGACCUCCAGGUGAAAAUUACUUCAAAUGUUCUGAAGUGUUUUGAUAGGAAAGAAGAAAAGCUUAUUAUUGAGUCUGAGUUGUUUUUUGAAGUUGUGGCCGAUAGGUGCAAUUGGAGCUUAGACACUGAUUCGAAAGUGUUGUCAGUGAUGUUAGAAAAGAAAGAACAGGACUUGUUGUGGCGACAGUUGUUCACGUGCAAAGAGGCACAACACUGUGUGGCUAUGAAGGAUGGCGACAGGGCAAGUGAGAAUGAUGGUGGCGAAGAGUGCGAGAAUAAACCGUACAACAUUGAGGAGCUGGAGAGCUGUGACGAUUUUACCUCAACCGAGAAGUCGAAAUGGCAGAUGUUCAGACUUAACUGGACUCACUCUGAGGACAGAGAAGAAGCAGAAGAAAAGAAACUGACGUGUUUAGCCAUGCCUGUUUUCACUGCAAAUUUGCACUCACACGAGAUCCUCUUCUCCCGUGUUUUGAACUGUGGGGAUGUUCCCGCUCUCUGCUUGAGACACGACGUAGACGCACUUCUCUGGGAGACUACCAUAAGCAACGUAGUCAACGAUGACUCAAAGCCACCGUCACCGUGGCAGCAUGCUAUGACCUUCAAUGCUCUGGGCUACGUUCAGGCUUCGAAGAGAGAGCGAAAAUUCAUAUCAUGUGCUCCAUCAGGGAAAUACGCUGCCAUUGCAGAAUGCACUCGUAGAGUUUACGUGUAUAUGCAGCCAGAAGCAAUAGAAUCUAGCCUCGUGAACAGAAAAUCUGGAAGGAAAGUGCCGAAAAUUGCAAAACAGUUUGUGAUAACUUUGGAUAGCCAUGACCCAAUUACUGGCAUUGUUUGCCUUAAUGAACAUUUAUUCAUAUCUCUAUCUUCUGAAAUCGUUGUUUACAGUAUAAUUUAAUUUAGGCGGAUUC